UGCAGCACACAAACUUCUGUCACUUCAUUAUUUUAAUUCUGCCUGAAGACUCGCAACAUCGAGCGAGCGAUAGAGAAGUUCGCGAGUAGUCGAUACCCUACGACGAGGGUUGUCAGAUAGACUAUAAAAUAAACGAACCUGUGUCAAUUUGUAGCAAACGAGGUGGUUGAUAGGCGAACGUAGGAAUGCAUUAACUCACGAUGUAAUAUGUUUACUGUGCUUUUAAAACAAGUGAUGUAAAAUAUUAAAUAGAAAUGUGGAUUUCUUCAUGAAUUUUCCGUGGAGAGAAGGUUGAGGUUCUGCAAUGCUGAUACACACUCUUGCCAGAAACAGAAAGGUUACCAUGGGUCAUAUGGUGUUUCUUACAUGGAUAUACCUGGCUGUUUUCCUGAUCAUCUCUACUGUCCAGACGGGAGCGAGCCAGUCGCAAACGGCCUACUUCCUUCCUGAAUUUGCGCUGUCGCCCCAGGGAAGCUUUCUGGAGGACACGACUGGGGAACAGCUUCUGACCUACCGCUCCGACGAUCAGGCCUCCAGGACCACGCGGUCAGACGAGGACAGGGAUGCUGGCUGGGAUGCCUGGGGCACCUGGAGCGAGUGCUCUCGCACCUGUGGAGGCGGGGCCUCCUACUCUCUACGCAGAUGUCUGAACGGAGGAAACUGUGAAGGCAGAAAUAUCCGGUACAGAACGUGCAGCAAUAUGGACUGUCCAAAGGAGUCAGGGGACUUCCGAGCCCAGCAGUGCUCGGCACAUAACGACAUCAAGUACCAGGGCCAAGCUCAUGAGUGGGUGCCCGUCAUCAACGACCCGGUCGCGCCUUGUGCCCUCAAGUGCCAGGCGCGGGGCAAGAGCCUGGUGCUGGAGCUGGCGCCCAAGGUUCUUGACGGCACACGCUGUCGAACGGACUCUUUCGACAUGUGCAUCAGCGGGAUCUGCCAGGAGGUGGGAUGUGAUCGACAGCUUGGGAGCAACGCCAAGGAGGACAACUGCGGAGUCUGCGCCGGCGACGGAUCCACCUGCCGGCUGGUCCGAGGCCAGACCCUGUCGCACGUCUCACCGGACGAACCCGUCAAGACCGUCAUUGAAAUUCCUCUAGGAAGCCGGAACCUGAGGAUUACAGCCAAGGGACCUGAUGUCAUCAUUGUGGAGGCGCAGACAGUCCAGGGGAGGCGGGAGGAGCAGGUCCUGAGCGUUCCGGGAUGGCAUGUCCUGGGAAACACUACCGUGGAGUUCCAGCGCAGCCCAGACAGGCAGACGCUGCGCAGCCCCGGGCCCCUGGCAGCCGACUUCACCAUCAAAGUGAAGUAUGCGGCUCCGAGAGACACCAUGCUGCAGUUUAUGUCCUACCAGCCCAUUCGCUAUCAGUGGAGAGAGACAGACUUCUUCCCCUGUUCAGUGACCUGCGGAGGCGGCUACCAGCUCAACUCUGCUGACUGCGUGGACAUCCGCUCCCAUAAAGUCCUGCCCGAGCACCACUGUGAGAGUUACCCUGAGAACACCAAGCCCAAGCCCAAGCUAAAGGAAUGCAACAUGGACCCCUGCCCAGAGAGUGAUGGCUUCAAGGAGGUGAUGCCCUAUGACCAUUUCCAGCCCCUGCCACGCUGGGAACAGAACCCGUGGACCAUGUGCUCGGUGACGUGCGGCGGUGGCACGCAGGAGCGGAGCGUGGUGUGUGUGGAGGAGGACGUGCAUGGCCAGUUCGCCCAGGUGGAGGAGUGGAAGUGCACACACUCGCCCCCGCCCCCCACCAAGCAGAGCUGCAACACCUUCAGCUGCCCACAGUGGAAGGCCAUGGAGUGGUCCCAGUGCACAGUGACCUGUGGCCGUGGGUUGCGUUACAGAGUGGUGCUGUGCAUUGACCACCAAGGGCAGCACACGGGCGGCUGUAACGCACGGCAGAAACCCCACGUCAAGGAGGACUGCCUGGUGCCCAUCGCCUGCCACAAACCCCGAGAGAGCCUUCCUGUGGAAGCCAAACUGCCCUGGCUCAAACAGGCCCAUGAACUGGAGGAGCCAAAGGCCGCCUCGGAGGAGCCCACGUUCAUCCCAGGCCCCUGGUCUACCUGCAGCACCAGCUGUGGACCGGGCCUGCAGAAGCGCUGGGUCAAGUGCCGCGUGCUACUCUCCUUCACGCGGGCCGAGGUGGACCUGCCGGAUGAGGAGUGUGACGGCGAGAAGCCGCCACUGCAGAGGCAGUGCGAGCUGGAGUCCUGCACCGGCUCGCCGGCGCCCCCCCAGGGCCGAGACCAGCAGCAAGGCCCGCAGUGGGGCUACCGCAAGUUCAGCCCGUGCUCCAAGUCCUGCGGCGGAGGCACGCAGAUCUUCGUGGCGCGGUGCCUGAGUGGUGGGAAGGUGGUGAGCGCCGGCCUGUGCGACAGCGCCAGUCGACCGCGGGUGAUGAUGCGGGUGUGCAACCCGGAGCCCUGCGGCGCGAGAUGGGAGAUGAGCCAGUGGUCACGCUGUUCGGCCACAUGCGGGGUCGGCCUGCAAAUUCGCCAAGUGCUCUGCGUGCUAAACGGCGACACGAAGAUGCCCGACAAGGACUGCAAGGAGAGCAAGCCAAGCGAGGUGCAGGCCUGCAACCAGGUGGACUGUCCACCAGCCUGGGAGACCGAGGACUGGCAAAAGUGUACCCACACCUGUGGUGGAGGAAAGCAGUCCCGGAAGGUCUACUGCAAGCAGCGGAUGGGCAGCGGAAGCUUCCAGAAGCUGAAGGACACGGUGUGUAAAGGUGUGAAGCCUGUGGCUCAUCGGCCAUGCGCCACGGACGACUGCCUGACUCCCCGCCUGGAGGGAGGAGAGUGGUCCAAGUGCUCUGUAACGUGUGGCACGGGGGUGCAGCGACGGGAAGCGGUUUGUCGCAGACAGACCCCUUCUGGGCAUCAGGUGACCCUGAGCAGAGCCGCGUGCAGCGGGAUGACCCCACCACCGCUCCUCAGGAGCUGCCGCAUGGGACCCUGCAAAAAAUAUCGAGUGCCUGUGAAGACCUGUCCCACCAUCCUGAGUGACCACCGCACCUACAUCCAGACCCGGCCGGAGAAGCGGCUCCACUUCACCGUCGGAGGGCGUGCCUACCUGCUGCCCAAGACCUCGGUGGUCAUCAAGUGCCCGGUGAGGCACACAAGCAAGUCCACCAUCCACUGGCUGAAGGACGGGAAGGACCUGCCGGGCUCCAAACGCAUCGGCAUCACCAAGUCUGGCGCCCUCCGCAUCUACAAUCUGGAGGCCAGCGACAUCGGCGUGUACCGCUGCGUGGCCUACACCGCCACGGCGCGCUUCAUCCUCAAGCUCAUCGGCAGCGACAACAAAAUCCUGGAGCACCCGGAGGGGAAGGGCUUCCCGGGAGAUGCCGACGACCCGAUAGCCGCCCUGGGGGAGAACUGGUGGAUGCCUCGCUGCUUGGACAUGGACCACCUGAUCCCAGGUUGGCAGCAGCAGAGCGAGUUCUACGUGCCCGAAGCUCAGUCCCAGGGCACGGGCCCCCUGCAGACCCUUGGCAACUCUGUGCUGAGUUCCAGAGGCACUCAAGGGCCCGUCGUCCAGCUGCCGGACAGGCGCUUGGAGGCCAGCGUAGGCUACGGGGCCUUCAGCCUGCUCCCGGCGCACUACGAGGAGCUGACGAAGAACAUGAGUGACCCGGAGCAGAACACCGGCGAAACAGACAAGCUGAGCGCCCAGCCCAAUCAUAAGUCCAGUGAAGAUCCGUCCAGCCCACGGACGACAAGCAAGAAGGAAGAGGGGCCGGGCGAGGCCGGUGGCCCUAGGGACAAACACCAAGACAAAACAGUUAAUUCCUCUGAGCGCGCCGUGGACAAGGAGAGCAAGAGUCCCAAGAAAGCGACCAUCACACGGCACGAGCAGCAUGGACCGCUCAUGAGUUUCCAGAGGGACAUGAGGAUAUACAUCGGCAGGGUGGCCUAUCUGACCAAUGCCACACGCAGCCUCUCCCUGCUCUGCCCUGUCCAUGGCGUGCCUCCGCCCACUGUGUCCUGGACUAAGGACGGAGCUCCGUUACAGUAUAGAGAGAGGGUGCUGUGGCAGGACCUGGAGGGGCUGCACAUCUACAAGCCCAGCCUGGAGGACGCCGGCCUCUACAGGUGCACCGCCACCAACGACUUGGGCUCCGACUCGGAGAGCUCCCAGCUCCACCUCGCUGAGUACCCCAAGAUCGCUCUGUCCUGGAGAAAUGUGUCUGACCUGAGCAGUUCUGCCCUGAGCGCCGUGGUGGGAGGCUGGAUCAGGGUGCGUCUGGGAGUCAACCUUAUGCUGGACUGCCCAGUCACAGGUGUCCCACAGCCAACAGUCAGCUGGCACAAGAAGGAGGGCGCGCUGAACGGCAACGCACGACUCUUCGCCAACGGCUCGCUGCUGCUCCAGAACGUCACCCUCCAGAACUACGGAACGUACUCGUGCGUGGCUGCCAACCCAAUCGGAAAAUCCUCAGCCUCCAGCCACCUCCACGUGUCUGGAGCCACGCAGGCCUUGUCUGAGCACCAGGGGUCCGUGCCGAAGGAGGGAGCCCGGAAAAGAGUCCUCAUGGCCUCCCGUAUCGGCACCAGGGCCAUGGUCCAAUCUGGAGAUAUCCUGCGCAUAGGGUGUCCGGUCGUUCCAAACCACAGAAAAGCCAUUAAGUGGUACUUCCAGAACCAGACGCUGGAGGAGACCCAGGGCCUGCGCCACCGGUUGUUGGUGGGGGGACGGGUUCUGGAGGUGAACACGCUGCACGGGAGGUUCGACGGACGCUACAGAUGCCAGACGCAGACGGACAGCCAGCUUCUCUCCGCCUGGGUCCACAUCAGUGUGGAAGAGUUCUCCUGGCAGCUGGGCGACUGGAGUGUGUGCAGCGCCACCUGUGGCAGCCGGGGGACUCAGACGAGGAGGCUCCGUUGCAUCAGUCCGGAGGACCGGGAGGUGCCCCCCUCCACCUGCCACCACCUGGCCAGGCCAGUGACCUCCCCCCAGGCCUGCAACGUCAAGGACUGCCCCGCCAGUUGGGUGGCCACUGUCUGGUCCAGGUGCUCUUCCACCUGUGGACGUGGCUUCAGGCAGAGGCAGGUGUCGUGUCAGCAGGUGGAGGCUGCGGGAACGGUGCGCAUUCUGCCCCCGUCCAGCUGCGUGGCGUCUGCUCGGCCUGUGGACCGAGAGGACUGCGCCACUGACACCUGCGCUGAGUGGGUGACCAGCCCAUGGGGUCAGUGUACAGGGCGAUGCCUGGGCCCAGGCGUGGCCACUCAGAGCCGAACAGUGAUGUGCAAGCAUCUGAACAGCUCAGCCAGCCCCAGAACAUCGUGUGAUCCCAAAGACAGGCCGGUAUUGGCGCAAAACUGCUCGUCAGAUGCGUGCGAUGUCCACUGGAGGGUGUGGCCCUGGCGACUGUGCACGGUGGCCUGUGGCAGCGGGUUCCAGUCGCGCCGCGUGGAGUGUGUCCACCGCCGGACCAACAACACCCUGGCCGACCAGCAGUGCACCUGGCAACGGCGCCCCAUCUCCUGGCAACACUGCAACAUCACGUCCUGCAGCAGUGAAUGCAAGGAUACCACCCAUUACUGUGCGGUAGUGAAACGUCUUCAGCUGUGUCUGGUGGAGCUGUACAGACAGAGAUGCUGCGAGUCCUGUUCUGUGGACACACACCCCAUCUAGUGUUCACUACUGAGACCUUGAGACUUUUAAGUCAAAAUGCUUCUAGAAUAUUCAGCUGCUGGCCUGGAAAGACACACCUGAAAAGAUGGGAACGUUUAAACAAAACAAAACAAAACAAAAACAAGUCCCCUGCGACUUGACUGAAUUCUUGAAGAGGAUGUUUUGGACAUCUUUAUGUGGCUUGGACGCAUUCGGAUCCUCAGACUGAGUGACCUUUUUUUUUUUUUUUUUUUUUUAAAUAUUGACUUAAUGUGCUUCUGACCACAGCUCUGCCACAACAUCUCCACAAAAAAUUGGCCUGCAGUCUUAGUAAAACUGGAUCAGCUGGCCAGCAAUUACCAGAAGAAGAUAAACUUUUUUUUUGUCUAUUUACUCCAUUCUUUUGUAAGAAGCAAUUACCAUAACAAUGUUUUGACAACAAUCUCUCAGUAGUGGUACAUUAAUAUUCUGUGUGUAUUAUUUGUAUUUAUAACAAAUGCAUCUGUAGUUGUAUCUAAACCUGGUCUGGAUUUAGAUCAGAAUCCUAUAGGACCAUUCACUUGUGUGAAGGGAGUUAAGUGGGUACAAAUAUAAGGCACGAAGACACUGCUGUGAAUAUGAAAACAUCACUUGGUUGAAUGAUGAAUAUCCAAAUGUGAUCAACGGACCUUUAAGAAAAACUUGGCAAUUGCAGGGGAAAUAUUUAUUUAUUUUUAUAUGUGGAGGUCUUUUGACAGGAUACGGUUAAGUCCUUAUGAGAAUACUUACGAAGGGAUGUGUUCUUGUUGGACUCAGAAAGGAUAUAUGUACAUUUUUUCAGUCCCCCAUCAAUUUGUUGAGAGGUAACCAGUGAUGUAGUAGUAGUAGUAGUAGUAGUAGUUACAGUGCUUCUUAAAGCCAAGUGGAUCUUUUAGAUUUGUUUUCUACUGUGUUGUACCAGUGUGCUGCAUUGUAAAAUAUGUCUUGUAAAUAUUGUGUUUUAAGUGCAAUAUUGUGUAAAUUGAGUGUAGAUUUUUUUUGUUUACUUUAUUUUCUUACCCUUUGAUUUAGUGAAUGAAUUAGUUAUCUGUAUUGUGCAGUCAUGGCCAAAAAUAUUGGGAUAUGUUCACUUUUUAAAAUAUGCAUACAGAGAACUUGACAUGUACACAGCCUUAAAAGCCCUUAACUGAAGAGUAUUUGUCAAAAACAUCCUGGUUGUUAAGACACCUUGUGUUCUGCAUUGGAUAAUUUCUAUUGGUAUUAAUUUGCAAUUACAGUAAUCUUAGUCCCUCAAAACAGACAUCCUGUAAAGCACUAAAAAAAAUCCCCCUUCUAUUUUGCACUUAGGUUUACCUGCAAUGAGUUCUCUUGCACCCGCAGCAAUGUUUGUAACAGAAAAAAUGACAAAAGAUGUCCUCUUUUGGCAUUGCACAUUAAUAGACAAGUUUGGAAUGAUCUGAAGUCAUAAUUCAGUUUUUUGAAUUCAUAAUACUUUAUGGUACCACCAUAUCAUUAGAAUCUUCCCUACCAAGUGACAGCAGUUUUAACGGUUUCAUUCCUGACCAAAGGGCUUGGUGAACUAUCAGGACUGCACCACAAAAGGGGCUUAAGGCCAAAGGAGCAAUUGUAGUAUACUAAUGGUCAAGCCUGUGUGGGAAAUAGCUCUGUGGACACAGCAGAACAUACUGUAGUGUCCUUUAGUGAAUCCUAACUUAGGUUGAAGAAAACAAAAGAAACUUUCCAAGACUUUUGGACACAUAAUUAGGGAUGUUACUAUAUACCAAACAUGGGUAUAAAGAUAUUUGUAAAAAGUGUACAGGUUGUAAUAUUUUUGGCCAGGCCUGUGUUGAAGAUUAUAGUACAAACCCUGCAUAUAGCACUUGUUGAUGUGGUUUAUUAAUGUCAUAUAUGUUUCUUUAAUUGUAUACGCAUGGAUUUAAUACAUUCACAAAUGUUUAAAUGUAUUAAAUACACAACUCAUCUUACAUACACACCACCAGUCAACAUGGAUACUGCCCUUAUAAUGUGUUUUACAUAGUACCUGUUGGAGAAGAUAACAUGGAUACAAUUACAGCAUACGCUUACAGCUAAUCACAACUGCUAAUGACCUGAGAAAAUAAAACAAUUUUCAAUAGA